AUGAUUGGGAGCACAAUCAUUCGGUCCAAACCCCUUUCGGUGUCAGCGUGUUUAGGGCUUCUAAUAGUAAUAUUAUGCCAGGUUUUCGCGUACUUUGUGGUCCCGUACAUAAGAGGACGGGCGGUAACAGCUGAUGGGUACUACGAUAAAAAGUUUGGCUACACCAAGCAGCUUUUCGAGUAAGAAUAAUUUUGAAAUUGUGAAUCAACUUUGAAUUAUCGUACCUUUUAAUUAUCAAUAUUUUUCUGGUACGAGUAAAUCAAAAAUCAACUAUUUUUUGAAUAAUAUAAAUGAAUAUCCAAAUAAUAUUUUAAAAUAAGGUAAAUUUUUAGAAAAAACUUUGCCGACGGCUACGAAAAAGGAGGAGCAGCAUUCUCUGUGUACCAAAAUGGUGUUAAUGUUAUUAAUGUGUGGGCUGGCGAUGCUGAUGAUAGCAGAAAUAAACUGUGGAACGAAGACACUCGUACUUUAUUAUUCUCAGCAACCAAGCCUUUGUCGGCGUUGUGUUUGAGCGUUCUGGUUGAUAAGGGACUGAUCAACUGGAACGAUCGUGUAGCCAAACACUGGCCAGAGUACGGACAGAACGGCAAAGAAAACACAACCAUCCAAGACAUACUGACCCAUCAAGCUGGUCUACCGUACCUCAACUCUACUAUUCAGUUAGAAGAUGUUGUCAGUAGAAACAAGAUAUUCAAGAUCAUCGAAGAAGCCAAGCCUAUUUGGGUACCUGGUACUGCCUCGGGGUACCAUGCUUUGACUUUUGGGUGGCUGGUGGAGGGCAUUGUUGAACAUGUAGAUCCUCAACAUCGUACACUUGCUUCGUUCUUCCACGAAGAGAUAGCAUCGCCGUUAGGAUUAGACGUUUCUAUUGGAUUGAUGAAGGAUAUUGACUUUGAGCGAAGCGCUACGCUACAACAAGCUGAUGUACUAGAUUACAUUAGGGACACUUUAGUAGAUCCUCGUAUGUUAGUCAUGAUAGCUGGCUACUACAGUCAAGGCUCCGACUCUGUACUGGCAAGAGUUGAAAGUAACCAGAACUGGCUGAGUAUGGGAGAUCUGUCAAUGAACAAGCUCGAGAUUCAGAAGCUCGGGUUGGGCGCUACAAAUGGAUUGGGAACAGCGCACGAUGUAGCACGACUGUUCUCCAUCUUCCUGAACGGCUCAUUAGUCAACUCGGCUUUAGUGGAGCAGAUGACUCGACCGACAUUAAGUGACUGGCACUGGGAGAAGACCGUGCUGUAUCCCAUUAUGAAGGGCUACGGCUUCUUUUACGACUACCAUCCGGAAGAGAGCGUAAGUGACCAAAGAUUUUAAGACAUUAACUUAGUCAUGCCUUGUUUUAGUAUUUCAAUCGUACUUUUGUCAUUUAUUUUUUUUUUUAUUGAUAUCAAAACAAAUUGACUGAAUUGUUAUAAAUAACAACCUAUAACACGUGACUUUUAGGGUAAAUAUGUCUUCGGCCAUCCUGGCUAUGGGUGUCAGUCGAUUCACAUCGACCCCCACCACAAUUUGGUAGCUGUUUAUCUCGCUAAUGGCCUUAAGUCAACCACCAGCCACCUGUGCCGACCCUACCAACGACUAUUGAAGUCGGUCUACUCGGCGAUAUGA